AUGCGUGACAACCCACACCCUUCAACUGCAACUGACCUGGUGAAGGACCCCGAAAUGCCCUCCACAAUUGCCUAUGAUUUCCCUGAUGAGCCCAUCUCCUCUUCUCUUUUCGACUGGUCCGAUUUUCUCGAUUUCGAGCUUGAUGAUAGUAUAAAUCUGUCCUUUGAGCCCUCCGACCCACAACAAAAUAUCCCGCUCCCAGAUUUGGUACUUGAAACUGAAGUCGAACAGGGUCAAAGUCAAGAGACUGGUAUUUCGGGUCGGGUCAGGAAGAGGGACCCGAGGUUGGUUUGCCCGAACUUUUUGGCAGGUCGGAUCCCCUGCGCGUGCCCGGAGCUAGACGAGAAGCUGGAGGCGGAGGAGACUGGCGGGGUCCUCCCAGGGAAGAAACGGGUCCGGUCCGGUAGAGUUUCCGGUGGUGGCGCGCCGGCUCGUUGUCAGGUGCCGGAGUGCAAAGCCGAUAUUAGUGAGCUCAAAGGGUAUCAUAAGAGGCACAGAAUUUGCUUGCGGUGUGCAAAUGCGAGAUCGGUGGUUCUUGACGGGGAGUGCAAGAGAUAUUGUCAGCAGUGUGGAAAGUUUCAUAUUUUGUCAGAUUUUGAUGAGGGAAAACGGAGUUGUCGGAGAAAAUUAGAACGUCACAAUAACAGACGCCGAAGAAAACCCAAUGAUACUAAAGGUAGUUUUGAGACAGAACCAAAACAGGUCGCCUUAGCUGAUAAUGUCAGAGGCGAUGAUGACACUGGGAAAGAUAUGAUUCACUCAAGCAGUCCAAUGCCAGAAAGGGAAAUUUUGAUGGAGUCAGAAGGGCAUGCAUCAAUACUAGGCUUGGCUCUUGGUUCCCAAAAUAACCUGAGUGAUAGUGUAUUAUCUGCAGCUUUUGUUGAAACUCACAAUGAUGAGGAUAAAGAGAACCCAAAAUACACAAACUCCACAUCCAGUCGUGAUAACAAGAGUGUUUUCUCCUCUUUGUGUCCUACUGGUCGAAUCUCCUUCAAGCUCUACGAUUGGAACCCUGCAGUGUUUCCUCAGCAACUUCGACAUCAAGUAUUUGAAUGGUUGGCUAGCAUGCCCGUUGAAUUGGAAGGAUAUAUCCGUCCGGGUUGUACAAUUUUGACUGCUUUUGUUGUAAUGCCAAAGUUUAUGUGGGUUAAGUUAUUGGAGGAGUCUGCUUUACGUAUAAAAGACCUUGUUGUAUCACCUGGAAACAUGUUAUCUGGAAGAGGCACAAUGCUUGUGUAUCUUAAUGACAUGAUAUUUCGUGUUACAAAAGAUGGAGCUUCAGUAGUGAAAGUCAAGGUCAAGGGACAAGCUCCAAAGAUCCAUUAUAUUCAUCCAACAUGCUUUGAGGCUGGAAAGCCUUUAGAGUUUGUUGCCUGUGGAAGUAAUCUACUUCAACCAAAAUUUCGGUUUCUUGUAUCCUUUGCUGGCCGGUACCUGGCAUAUGAUAUUAGCAUUUCAUCGGUUUCUUGCAAGAGUGAAGGGGACAGAAGCAGUUUAGACCAUCAAUUAUUGAAGAUACAUGUCCCUCAAAUUGACCCAGAUAUUUUUGGCCCAGCGUUUAUUGAGGUUGAGAAUCAGUCUGGCUUAUCUAACUUCAUUCCAAUUCUUAUUGGGGACAAACCAAUUUGUGAAGAAAUGGCGAUUAUGCAACAAAAAUUUGACUCUUCUCUUUGCUCCGAUGACCACCAGUUUGCAGCUCCAACAUUGGCAGGUGAAGUUUAUGCCUUAAGGCAGACAGAAUAUUACGAGUUUUUGUUGGAAGUUGCAUGGUUACUCAAGGACCCCAUGUUAGAGCCUCAUUUGACGGCUGCUCAGAUACAAAGAAUCAACUACUUACUGGACUUUUUGAUAGAAAAGGAGUCUACAGUCAUUUUAGACAGAGUACUGUACCACAUGAAAACUGUAACAGAUAAGUAUUUGGUUAUGGGUGUUCCUAAUGCUGAUAUGAUGCUACUUCAGAAGAUUUUGCAUAAUGCGAGAAAUAUACUUCAUCAGAAAUUACAGGAAAAAGACUACACAGUGACGCAUGUGACAGAUGGAAAUGAUUCCAGUCAAACUUCCCAAAAUGAUCUUCCAAUUGAUGUUCAAUUUGCCAAUCAGGGUUCGGAAAAGACGGCGAAGGAUAAGUUGGAGGCCAGAAUAAUUUCGCCCCCUCUUGAAGAAAGUGCAACAGUUCCUCUUUUGAGUCGAGAGGUGGUCACAAACCUAAAUCUAAAGGAAAAGCCGGGAAAGCCAUGCGGUCGCUUAUUUACGAAAACAUUUCUGAUUUCUCGAACUGUUAUCUUUGCAAUUGCUGCUAUUAGUGUUUGUUUUGGAUUUGAGUUCAUUGCACAGGCAUAUCAGCUCUGCUUUCUUGCCAUUGAUCGCCAAGUUGAGUACGAACGCGAACGUGCCUUCCGGGAAAGUGCUUUUAGUGUUUCUUCCAUUGACCUUGAGAAUUUGAAUCAGAUAUGA